CUUCUGGUGCUUUUUGCUAAUUCCAUUUCAAAAUUAUGAUGCUAUUAACAAUAAAUGCGGAGAAUAGAGAUAUUGGUAUCUCACCUGGAAGCGACAAAAUAAACAAGAGACCGGUUCAGAACUUAGAUAUUCUACAGAAUAAGCGCCAAAAAGUAUAGGAUGAAACAUUGCUAUCUAACAUUAAUGCUCGUGUUGGGCUUGAUUGUACAAUGAAGCACGAGCAGGACAACGAACAUGUGGAUUCUAUGCGAGAUUCACUUCUUUCAUUUGUCGGAUUCCUAAAACCAAGUGGGAUUAACGAAUCCAUGUUAACACCCGAAAUUGCAGUGACUGCACUUAGCAUGCUGUGCAUCAUCUUUUGUAACUACCCAAAAACAUGUCUGGCGCUUACCAUCUUUCGUGAAGCGUGUGACUGCAUGCCUUGGAUAUCUGAGCAGGCAAAACGGAGCCGUUCAAUUGAAUUUGACUUGGCCACCUGUUUGGAAGCAGUACAUAGCAUAUUACUUUCGCAAAGGUCCCUUUCCCAGGAGAAUAUCCUUUUCAGAACUAUGGAUGUUAAUGCAGAUCUCAGUGUGGUGUUAAUGCUUCCAUGGACACAUUUACUCGCAAUGACUGAAGCUGAUCCUAAAUGGAAGACAAAAGGCCUAUCUGUUCAAGUUCUCUCCAAGAUCGGUUUUUGCAUUAAAGCCUGAAAGUAUUCUUGAAAUCCCGUGUUUGGCUCUCUGUGAUGAAGCCGAAGAGGUUAAAGUUGAAGCUGUUAUUUCGAUACCAAUGAUUGUAUUGUGCGCUGGUCUUGGCGAACUACCGCAUAUGCUUAGAAGACUGGAUGGGAUCCCGUCACUGUGUUGUGUUCGCAAAUGCUAGUGUUUGUCUAUUGCUAAAUCCGAGCUUUAUACCUGUUUCAAGUUUGAAAAGGGCCUCCAUCGUUUUAUCAAGUCGGACACGUAUUUGACGUGCUGUUUAGGCAUACCUUACCUAUAUACAGGCAGAAGUUGCUUGAAGUUGAUUCUCUAGCACAAAAU